UGCACUGUUGGUCACUCACUUUCACUACGGAAGUGUAGGCUAACUCUGUUGCCGCUGAAGCUUUUGGAAAUGGGCACAGCAGCAUCCUGGACGAAACUUCCAUUUCCAACAUCCACCUGUUGAAUGGCUGACUAUCUACUCUUCAAAUGCUGCUCUUUCCUCGACUAGUUGCAAUUACGACAUACGAAGCACGACGCUUAUGUUGCUGCUCACCUAAUGCUUGCCUAGUGCUACGAGGGUACCAUCUUCACAAGGUCAAAAGGUUCUAGGUGAAAGGAUGCCAAUCCCAAAACCACUGAGGCUGCUUGCUGCCUGUUUGUUUUUGUGGCUCACAGUGAGGUAUCUUCUUAGUGGGGGUGAUGAAGAUGAACCAAGACUCUCUCAAAAGUCAGUGGAGAUACCUGGGCGAUUCUGGCCAAAAGGCAGCUUGGAGGAGAAUGUGGUAAAACCAGAAGUUCCACGAGCCAAACAAAAGACAGAGGUAGAAGAGAUACCAAAGCCCAAAGAGGAGGAGGUGCACAUCGACACUACGAAUUUACAGCGCAUCGUGCAUUUAGAUCUGAAAGGCGCUGCACCGAAAGUGAAGUACCUGGAACAGAUCUUCCCUAUGUUCUUCUCUCUCGGAGCAACAGGAAUCCUGGUGGAGUAUGAAGAUAUGUUCCCAUAUGACGGAGAUCUUAGUAUUCUCAAAUCCAAGUUUGCUUACAGUGUGGAAGAUAUUGCCGAAAUACAUAGACUUGCGAAACUCAGCAACCUUGAGAUUAUACCACUGGUUCAAACAUUUGGACACUUUGAGUUUGUUCUGAAGCAUGAGCAGUAUGUGAGUCUGAGGGAAGUGGAGGAGUUCCCCAACAGCCUGAACCCCCGCAUCCCCCAGUCUCUGGAGCUGGUCAAGCAGAUGCUCCAUCAGGUGAUGAAGCUGCAUCCAGACACCAGGCACUUCCACAUCGGCAGUGACGAGGUUUAUGGUCUGGGAAUGAGCAAAGACACCAAGCGUGUCCCCCACAGCGACAAUAAAGACCUUGGGAAACUCUUCCUCAGUCACGUCACUGCCGUUACCAAGUUCAUGACCGAAACAUGGCCCGGUGUGAAAGUGCUUAUGUGGGAUGACAUGCUGAGGAAGCUCGAUUUGAAUUUGUUGAAAGAAUCAGGUUUGCCGGCACUUGCUGCUCCAGUGGUUUGGAAUUAUGUGCCAGAGCUGAAUACCAAUGCGAUAGAGAGCUGGAUUUCUAAGUACCAAGCAGCUGGAUUCCAAGAUGUAUGGUUUGCAAGUGCAUUUAAAGGAGCAACAGGCAUUGACCAAACGUGGACCCAGUUUGGACCUCACCUGCAUAACCACUUGUCUUGGUUGAAUAUUGUGGCGUCCAUGCACAAAUAUCCCCAGAUAUCUCUAAAAGGCAUUAUGCUUACUGGCUGGCAAAGGUAUGAGCACUUCACUGUGCUGUGUGAGCUGCUCCCAGUUGCCCUUCCUUCCCUAGCGGUAUGUCUCCAGACGCUAAAGCAUGGGUCUUUUAAUGAGAAAGUCCAGCAAGAGGUUCACAACAUCUUGGGCUGUGAAAUUAAGAUGGAGAAAGAACUUUGCUACGGAACCGGUGCCUUUGCUGGGGCGGAAGUUUAUCAUCUAGUGCACCGGAUCCACAUCAACUUCAAAUCAUCCAUAGAAGACGUCAUGCAGAUGUUUCACCUGAAGGGGGCCUUUAGUCGCUACCACAGGAAGUACAACUUUGUCAAUCCACGAAAUCUAGGAUUCUUCCAGAAGAAGCUAACAAGUACUGUGGCUGAGUGGGACACAACGAUAGAGAAACUCCGCUCUGAGAUGGAGGCCAUCUAUUUCCCUGACACGGUGGAGGAGUGGAUGGAGGAGAACGUCAACUACGAGAUGGAGCAACUGCGGACGAUGGUGCAAGACGCCGAGCGCAUCGCUAAACGCCAAGGACGAGAAAAAUCACUACAAACGUCAUGAGCAUGAUCAUCUCAUCUCUAGUGGAACAUAAUCAGGGCUCGAGUUGUUAGUGGUGUGGAUUGGCACUGCCCUCACGAUCUGAUUCAAUCACGAUUCGGGAGGUAGCGAUUCGAUUUGAUUCAAUUUGAUGCGAUGCGAUUCGAUCCGAUUCAUUGCAAUGCAUUACAUUUCUACUGAAAGCAAAGCAAAUGUUUCAUCAGUCAUGAUGAGGCAAUACAAGUAGUCAGAUACUGAGCAACAAUUUAUUGGCUGUUUUCUGUAUCAGUCUGGAUCAGUCUGUAUCAGUCUUGCAAUGCUUUGAAGUACUCUUAUUUAAUUUAACAUUCAUUUGCUACCGAAAUAUCCACGGAAGUAAUUGAAACUUAAAAAAAUUGCCGCAUCGAUUCUGGAACUUGCCGCAUUGAAUUGGAUCGCCGAAUCGAUCAUUGUUGACACCACUACGAAUUGUAGGGGGGAUGGGGGGGGGAUGCCAUCCCCCCUACAAUGAAAAUGGUCUUAAGUUAUCCCCCACUAUGAACAUGGUCAAAAAUUGGCCCUGUCGUGGCAAACCGGUAGGACACUGGCCUGCCAUGCGGCUGACCCGGCUUCGAUUCCCGGCCCGGGUCGUUUGCCGACCCCUCCCGUCUCUCUCCCAAUUUGCUUUCUGUCCACCUUUCACACUGUCCUAUCAAAUAGUCUAAAAAGACAAAAAAAAAGAAAAUGGUCAAAAAUCAUCCCCCUCUAAAAUGGGCAUCCCUUAUUCUCAUAUUGCGUUAAAAUUGCACUUUAAACAACUACAUUUUCUACAUUUUCUCGGGGGAGAAACCUCAGAACUACUCUGAAUCCAUCUCUGUCCACCCCCCGGUUUGAUUUUACAACUCGACCACUGAACAUAAUGUAAUGUAUGUUUUUGACAAAUGACAAAAGUACAGAAUAUUAUCAUAUACUUUUGCCUGGAGCAAUGGAAGAUGAUUGGACAGAAGAUUGUACAAUAUGAGACAUGAAGGAGACUGUUUUCA